AUGCCUUUGCCAGCACUGUCUCUUCUCUAUCUGCUAGUUGGAGUUCAGCUUGUAGAGUCAGUUGCAGAGGGUCUAGAUCACUCCUCCAAGCUCACAGGUAUGUUUAGCUAACUCAAAGCUUUCAUUAAUAAGUAAAUGAUAUCAUUAGAACCCUGUGUUCUCUUUAGUUCAUUUAUUGAACAGCACUCUCACAAUGUAUGUUACUGCUAACACGAACACUACAUAUCUGUACUAUACUAAAACCGCAUUCAUAGUGAAUGAUGUGCAACACAUAUUUCUAAUUCUUUUUCAAUGACGCAGCAGAACAAUAUUUUCCUCAGCCUUUCAAUGUGCAGAUCAUGUUUUCUGCUUUAUGGUAGGGAUAAGGGUCACAUACAAAGAAGGUGCAAAAUAAAUCUAAAGAUGAAAGGCUUUCAUCAAUGCGUUCCCCUAUUCUCACCACCUUCUUUGUUUGACUUCUGUUAUGCACACGGAUAUAAAAUGGAGGCUGAGAUCAGAGGGACCUUCCAUAUACCUUGUGCAUGCAUAGAGAAAAGCCAUUGGCAUCUACUGAACAUUAUGUAGGAAGAUGUUAGCAAGGUCAGCUUAGUCACUCUCAGAGACUGAUUGGAUAGUGAGUGAAGAUUCUGCAACAACUGUAGGAAAGAAGAUCUUUUUCUGGAAGAGCCAAGUAUACACACUGAUCUAGGUUAGAGGUCAAAUUAUGUGGUCAUAUCAAAACAAGAAGACUUUAUCAUCACAGAAGUCUAACAUUUCAAUGACAAACCACAGAAACAAUCUUCAAACUUUCAGGUGAACUUGAUCGCCCUGAAGUUCCCCUUAUUUAGCAUGCUGAAAGAUUGUCCAGAGUUGAUCCUCCAAGAUCCUCUUACAAGCUGAGAUUUUAUCCUUUUGGGGUUCAAGCUAUAUUCAAUCAGCAUUAGUGGUGUUUGAAAUGCAUAUUUAUAUAGGCCCAACAGCUAUGUUACCUUUGUAAAAUAAGAUGGAAUAUUAAGCAUUGUUCCAGGCCUUAAGAAAAUUAUUGAUGGCAUAAAGUACGCAUAGUAACGUGAUGUAAAUUUUCUUAAAAGACAUGGAGAUUAAUAUACUUACAGAGAAAGAUAUCGGCAUGGGCAGAUCAAGUAUCCAAAAACCAUACUGCAAAACCAGAUGUUGCUGUAAUCCAUGCAAUAAUGUGUGGUUUGGGGGCCCUAAUCAGAGGCAGAACAGGAAUAUUUGUCCCAGUCUGGCCAAGAUUAUUGGGAGCUACACUCUUGAGCAGCAGCUGCUGCCAUUAUAGCUGGAGCUGCCAUACAGAACUGUAACUCCCACUAAUCUCAGGUAGCACCGGGAGAUACAUGUGUUACAGUAAAGAUCUCUCCUUAGCUUCUUCCCCAUGUAACACUACUCAUAAACUCCAAUAUUACUCGAACAAAUUACAGCCUGAACAGUAUUUCUCCACUACACUGACUCUUUCACUAGACAUUAACCCCUGCACUAGACUAACCCUAAACAGUAACCCCUGCAGUAUUCUAACAAUAACCAUUAACCCCUACAAGACCUUACCACUAACACUAACUAACCUAAAAAUAUCAUGUCAUGUAAAUGAUAAUGCUGUUUCCCGGUUCUGGAGAGAUUUAAAAGCCACUUGACCUUUGGUCUUGUGAUUUAUUAUGUCUCCAAAAACCCUUAGUGGCAUAAUUUUCCCAUAAUAUAGCGUUCACCAUUAUGUAUAAAUAAAAACAUAUAUACAAACAACAUGACCAAACCAACACAAAUGUGUGGGUGACUACAUACGUAUGUUUGUGAAGGUGAUCCCAUGAGCACAUCUGUGAUGCAUAUUGCUGUGACUGCAAAUGCUUUUGUAACAUGUUUUUAUAUUACUGCUCAUGUAUGCUUUUUGCAUUUGAGACUGCACGAAAGCACUUAAAGUGGCAGUCAAGGCUGUAGCUGAGUCCCAUUCUGUUUUAAUGCACUAAUUUUGCAGGUUAAUGGAACUCAAUUUUGAAAAAUUCCUUUGCCUAAUAGCAAACACAAUUAUAACAAAAUUUAUUCCUGUAAAAAAUGACCAUCAAAAAAUAAUUUAGUUUCUGUUGAGAAACUCUCUUGAUAAAGUCUUUAUAUGAAUAUGCUUUUACUAGCAUCAGUAAUAUAAGGUAUGAAAAUAUAUAUGUGGAUGAGCAAUGUCAUGUGAUUCUGUUACAGGUGAAAACAGCAGUCUAAUGGCUGGUCGUAGCCAGUGGCUCAGGUCCUUGCCAUGCCCAGACAAGAUAUCAGCCAUAUUUAAGAGGGAUAAGACACCUGUACUUGCCCUUUUAUGUCGGAGGAAAAAGUUCUAUCCACCUAGUCAGCUGUGGUCAGAAGAAUCUCCUGGGCCUAGCCGGGUAAUUCCUGCACCUGAAGGCGCGUUGCUGGUUGAAAGAGAAAAGGAUCUAUCUACUUACAACUGGAACUCGUUCGGCCUCAGAUACGGCAAAAGGCAAAAUGGGGCAUUAAAUUCCAAAGUGAAAAUCUGGUAGUGUUAAAGGAAGGGCUGGGAGGGUAUGCCAUUUAUUCAAGGUGUUCUACAGUUUGAUAAAGUUUAUGAUUUGAUUUCCUGUGCUAAACUUACACAAACACUGUUUUUAAGUUAAUGUGUAAGAUGCCCUAAAAUAUGUUUGGUGCAUUGCUGUGUCA